UGAGACUUUCUGAUCAGUGCAGACUUCCGUAGUCCUCACAGUGGAAGAAUGGCCGGCUGGAUGUGGCUCCGCUGUGUUUUAGGGCCUCAUUUACAACGAAUUCACCGGUCACCGGAGCAGUCUCGGACCGACGGCAGGGCGGGGAGGCGGGGCUGGAGCUACCAACCCAGGACUCUGGAGAAACACACUGACAGCAUCCUCGGCUGGGCUUCAGCACUGUGGUCUCUGUCCUAUUACAGCUCUCCUCUUCUCCUCUGCUAUCUGUACAGGAAAGGUUACAUCUGCAGCAGUAAGCUGGUUCCUGUGAGUCAGUAUUUGGGAACAGUGCUGGUGUGUCUUCUAGGAGUGGCCUGUCUUAGAGGGUGGGGGAGAUGGAAAAACUUAGAGUAUCUUCAGUUUAUUUCCAUUCUUGAAGCAACCAAGAAGAAUCACACACCAGAAAACAAGAAAAGAGUGAGGUGCUAUGACUUUGACUUCUCGUACUGGCCCUUCGAUUUCAGCUGGACAGAAGUCAACAAUCCGAAACUAUCCAAGGCUGGUGUUUCUCUGCUAAAGCCAGAGCCCAGAUUAAGGGGAGCAGCAGACAGUGUCCUCAACUCUGUGCGCACUCUACCAUGCCAAAUUAUCAGCUUUCUCGUUGCCCACUCAUUUGGGAGGAGGAUGCUGUACCCUGGCUCCGUAGGUUUACUGCAGAAAGCCAUGAGGCCCAUGCUCCAGCAAGGCCAGGCUAGGUUAAUAGAGGAGUUUGACGGCCAAAGGAACAAGCUUGUGGCCUGCGAUGGUAAUGAGAUCGACACAAUGUUUGUGGAUCGAAGGCGAGAUGGGGGAGAGACUGGCCAAACGCUGGUCAUCUGCUGUGAGGGGAAUGCAGGUUUCUAUGAGGUGGGCUGCAUGAACACUCCACUGGAGGGUGGAUACUCUGUACUGGGCUGGAACCACCCUGGCUUUGGAGGCAGUACGGGAGUGCCCUUCCCCCAGAACGAGGCCAAUGCCAUGGAUGUAGUGAUCCAGUUUGCAAUACACAGGCUGGGCUUCCAGCUCAGUGACAUUGUCAUAUAUGCCUGGUCCAUUGGAGGAUUCACAGCUAGCUGGGCUGUAAUGUCAUACCCAGAGAUCCAGUCAUUAGUGUUGGAUGCCUCCUUUGACGACCUCCUGCCUUUGGCCCUCAAGGUCAUGCCUGACAGCUGGAGACCGUUGGUACAAUACACAGUUAGGCAGUACAUGAACCUCAACAACGCUGAGCAGCUUCUCAAAUAUCAGGGACCAGUCCUGCUGAUCAGGAGAACCAGAGAUGAGAUCAUCACCACAACGGGUCCAGAGGACGUCAUGUCUAACAGAGGCAACGACCUUCUGCUCAAACUGCUACAGUUCAGGUACCCAAAAAUAAUGACAGAUGAAGGGAUUAGAGUCGUCAGACAAUGGCUGGGAUCUUUUAAUCACUUAGAAGAAGCAUCAGUGUACAGUGGCUACGAGGUGGACGACGACUGGUGUGUCUCUGUGCUGCAGUCGUAUCAGGCAGAGAGGGAUGUUUUGUUUCCAUGGAGUGUUGGUGAGGAUAUGACUCUAGAGGGAAGGCGGCAGCUGGCUCUUUUCUUGGCUCGGAAGUACAUGCGAAACUUUGAAACAACACACUGCACUCCUCUCCCCGCCUCCGAGUUCCACUCACCCUGGAGACUGUAAAGAAGAAUGGAUGAGAGGAAAUGAGCAGCAGAGGAUUUGGAUGGCCUGUGGUCAGAGCGUGUUCCUGGCAUGGUGUGAAUGUAUUACUGUGAUUUUGUUCCAAAUUUUUUCCAAGACAGAUUUGUUUUCAUGUAUAGUGUUGCUGUGGUGGCAUCUGGAAAGAUCUGGUCUACUAUCUCCACCCACACCCAAAAACCUGUAAAAUAUGGUACUUUUUUUUUUUUUUAGGUUAGUGUUUAGUCAUACUUUUCAGUUUGUCUCUCUAAAAAAAAAAAAAAAGAUAAAAGGGUGCAUUUCAUGUAAAUGCAUAAGCCAUCUCUCACUCCUUCCAUUGUUCCCUCUUUGGCUGUGUUUGUAAAGAAUCAAUUAUAGCAGAAAUACAUUGCUACAAUUUAAUACAAUAUAAAAUAUCUUAAUGGUGUCAGGUCAGAGGAAUUUUAAUCUUUAAAAAUGCAGCCAAAGUGUUAAAAAGCUUUUCAGGUUUAUUUCUUUUCUGUGGACACUCUUUAUGAACAAAGCUGUAUGUUCUGCUUACGUGUUCUAUUAAAUAUGCUGAAUAACA